CCUCAAAGCCCCGACUUAGCCCCGGAGAUGUCGGCCUGGGUGAUUUUUCUGCUCGCCCGGGCGGCGGCGCGGGUGGAGCUGCACGUGCACCUGGACGGAUCCAUUGAGCCCGCGGAGCUUUUCGCCAUCGCCAAGGCGCGGAACCUCUCGCUGCCAGACAUUGGUGUCCCUGGCAGCGCCGCUGAUCUGGAGCGCUUCGUGGCCAAGUACCGCAGCUGGCACCGCUUCGAUGCCGUGAAUGAGAUUUUGGGCGGGGACGCCUCGGCGGUGGAGAUGGCCGCAGCGGCCUUCGUGGGCUUCCAGGCCAAGAGCCAGGUGCGGUACACCGAGGUGCGCUACGAUCCCGUGCGGCUCAGCCGCAGCAGCCUGGCAAAUGCCUCCAUCAGUGAGGAGGAGGUGGUCAGGGCCGUGCAGCGGGGCCUUGCCAGUGGCGCACGCCGGCACCAGGUGGAGGUGUACCAGAUCUUGUGCGCCAUGCGCGGGAAGAGCCCAGCCAGGUGCCGGAGGACAGCCGAUUUGGCUUUGCAGCUCCGGAGCCACGCCAUGGGCGGCGUGGUGGGCUUGGAUCUGGCCGGAGACGAAACGGAUUUCCCCAACGAGGCGUACAUCGAGUGCUUCAGAUAUGCGAAGCACGCCGGGCUGAACACCACCAUCCACUCCGGCGAGUUUAAUACGACGCAGAGCGGUGAUGUGCAUACCGCCGUCUUCCAAAUGCUCGCUGACAGAGUCGGCCAUGGCUACGCUGCAGCACAAGACGCUGGCCUCAUGCAGGCGUUGCGAGACAGGAGGGUGCACGUUGAAGCUUGUCCGAACAGUGCCCGCUUGCACGGAGCAUGGGCUUUGAAGUCCAUCUCUGCUUUUCAUCAGCAGGGCCUGCUGUUUGGCCUGAACACGGAUGAUCCCGCCAGCCUGUUUGGCAACACCACCGCUGCCCAAGAUGAGUCGAUCGUUUUGGAGCGCCUCAACUUCACCACAGGCGACGUGGAGAAAGCCUAUGCUGCAGCCUUCGAUGCUCGGUUUGGGCCCCGUGAGGCAUACCUCUUUGCAUAGAGCCGUGAUUGCUCAUGUCCAGCGCGAAGACAGGGGCGAUGCAUUGAACCGGAAUGUGAACCGGAAUGUGAGGA